GGCCGGAGAGACAUAUACAUUGGUAUAUAAAAAGUCGGUUGCCGCACAAGCUCUCUUAUUUUAGUCCCAGUCCCGGUCCCAGUUCCAGUCCCCCGGGUCUUAGUCGCAGCUCCCGAUCUCGGUUUAGUGAUCAUUCAAGCGGAAACAUUCAAUAAAAACGGCCACGACUAUUGGCUAAUAAUCGAUUGAAAGUGCCGACUAAAAAGUGAUAGACAAAGGGAUCUCCUUAAAGUUAUUAAUUUUUGAAAGUGAAAAAGAUAUCAUGUCUUCGAUGGUCAUUUCCUGGACUGCCUGCGUGGCCAUUUUCCAGCUGAUGGUGCAGUUGGUCCUGGCCAAGGACUUCAGCUGGUGUGAUCCCAGUCUGUGUGAGCCCACCCAGAGGCACAUUGCCUGCCGGAAUACUGGUGCCUUUCAUCGUCGCUGCCAGCCGGAUUCCUUUCAAGUGGACUUAAACAGCUACAAAGCCCAAAUCAUGCACGCCCACAACAAAAGGAGAAAUUUUCUGGCCUUGGGAAAAGUGCCAGGCUAUUAUCCAGCCACUCGAAUGGCCACCAUGGUUUGGGAUGAUGAACUGCAAUACCUGUCCAUGUUGAACUCCCGGACCUGCAAACUAGAUCACGAUGACUGCCACAACACCUAUCGAUAUGCCAAUUCAGGACAAAACCUCUGUGCCGUCUGGCGACCAAGAAGUCCUCACGUAAAUGUCACCAGUCUGGUGGAAGAGUGUGUGGGCCUGUGGUUCAAUGAGUACCCACUGAUCGACAGUAGUUUCAUCGAUGCCUUCAAGGUUACAGCGAUAUUUGAGGACUAUGGCCACUUUGCCGAGAUGAAUGUGGACAAGAACUUUGCCUUAGGCUGUUCCAUCCUGAGAUUCACUCGCCCCGACUACCCUUCGGUCUACAUCUACAACUUCAUCUGCAACUAUGCUUCCCUGUACGCUCUGGGAGCUCCCGUCUACGAGACUGGCUAUCCGGCCUCUCGUUGCGUAACCGGAAAGAGUCACUUCUAUCCGGGAUUGUGUUCCACCCGGGAGGAGUACGAUCCGAAUUGGUAGAAGUGAUACCAUCGGGGGAAGUACAUGUCUCCCACUCACUCAGGUCGAACUGCCAAGAGUAUUUUGUAACGUCUAGCUUUAAAAAAGAAUAGAAACCAAUAAAUGAUCGCAUCGAUUCCAGACACUUUGCAUAAUUU